GGGGACAAGGAAAGGGUAGAACAUGUCAGUGAAGCUCAAGCAAGAAGCAGAUAUUAUGUAGGUUAUAAGAAAGUGGACAGACGGGGAAAGAAGUAUUUUUUUGGCGUAAAGGUGACACAAUAGAGAGGAGAGAGCGAAAGGAGAUCCCACUCACUAUUGGUCACUGGUGGAUUUGGGGCUGGUUCGAGAACUCAUCAUGAUCCCAUUUUGGAUGAGGAUGUCCUUCAUACUCCUCCUAACUGCUGGAAAAGAAGGGAGAAUUUACAACGGGAGAAAGAAGCCGCCAGCACUGACAGCACAGAGAAUGCGUUCUGGACCUCAUGUGUGUUUCUCAGGUAUGGGCAAUGGAUGUUGUCCUGGCUGGACAGUUUCUCCAGGCAGUGGACUAUGUCUCCAGCCUCUAUGUGCUUACGGUUGUGGCAGUGGGUUUUGCGUCGCCCCCAAUGUAUGUUCCUGCAGAGAUGGCCAUCAAGGCAUCACCUGUACUGAUCAUUAUGCCAGUGAACAUGAACGAGAAUUGGAAGAUAAAGGUUAUUCUCUUACCUGUCUAUCUGCAAUGUGUGAGCAAGGCUGUAAAGUUAUUAAUGGCGCCACUGUAUGCAGCUGCUAUCAUGGGUACACUCUUGGGAAAGAUGGGAAAAGUUGUUAUGAUAUUGAUGAAUGUUCUCGACCUCAAGCAUCAAGUCUUUGUCAACAGCAAUGUAAGAACAUCAUUGGGAGCUAUAGAUGUCUGUGUUACUAUGGAUAUCAAAUUUCUCCCAAUGGACGCUCAUGUGUACCUAUAAAGCAUCCUAACACAAUUGCGGCUUCAGUCCCAUGUGGAGAAUACGGCUGUGAGUUAAGUUGCAAUGAUGGUGGCUGUGAACACAUUUCAAGGGUUUGUCCUAUUGGAUUUAGAAUGACCGAGACAGCUAAUGGAGUAGCCUGCACAGACAUUAAUGAAUGUGUGACGUCUUCCUGUAAAGGGACAUGCCUCAAUACUGAAGGAGGGUAUAUGUGUGACUGUGGUCCUGGAUUCAAGCUGGCGGCUGACAGAAGCACUUGCUUAGAUAUAGAUGAAUGUUCAGCCCAUAGAUCUGUUUGCCAGCACAGAUGUAAAAAUAUUCAUGGGAGUUACAGGUGCUUGUGUGGAGCUGGGUUCACCCUACAGAGCAACGGUCGAACUUGCACAGACAUAAAUGAAUGUCGCCGACCAGGAACAUCUCAUCUUUGCCAACACUUCUGCCACAACACACAGGGAAGUUUCUUCUGUUCCUGCAGAACUGGGUUUGCCCUUAGUGCAGACAGAAUGACAUGUGUGGAUGUGAAUGAGUGUGUGGCGAAUACCACUCUUUGCUCCUCAGGGAGCUGCAUUAAUACUCUAGGGUCUUACAUCUGCUCCUGUCCUGCUGGGUUUUUGUCAAUCAAUGGAGGUUGUUCAGCGAUAUCUAUUGAGGUGCAGACGGUGGGCUUUCUACAGGCAGUGCACAACUUACCAGAGAUUAGGCCAACAUCCCCAACAGCAGUAAGCCAUGGGGCACCUCCAACCACUGCGAUGGUUACAAUGGUCAGUAGUACUAUAGUAGGAGAAAUGUUUACCACAAUGUCUACCUCAAAACCACAAGCUGCACCGACAAAUGUGGAUCCUGUGCCACCACCUCAGCAUCUCAAAAUGGGUCAUUCACCACUAGCUCAAAAAUCCUCAGGAAUUUCCCAUAUGCCAUUGAAAGAAAGUAUACUAUUCCCAACUGGAGCCCCCACUACGCUGCACACAAAUCUACACUGUUGGCAUAACAAAGAAUUACGACAGACCGGCAGCUCAUGGACAGAAGCAGAAUGCAUGGAUUGCACCUGCCAGGAAGGUACCAUAUCCUGUGAAAGAAGAAUAUGUAGCCCCAACUGCUCGCAUCCUGUCCUGCACCCAGACCGCUGCUGUCCUACAUGUGAUGGGUGCUUUUUCGAGGGGACAUUGAGGGCAGAUGGAGAACUUUUCCCCACUUUCCCAGAUAACUGCACAAUAUGUAUUUGUUUGGCAGGAAAUAUCACUUGUAUUCCACCCGUUUGUCCACCUGUUUCGUGUUUUGAGCCAUUCAUGUCAGAUUGCUGUCUGCGGUGCCCAGAUGGAUGUGAAGUUCAAGGAAAGCUUUAUCCUCAUGGUGCCAGGUUUAGCCGGGAUGAAAACGGAUGCACAUCCUGUGUGUGUCAGAAUGGAGCAGUAGAGUGCUCCUUUGUUCCGUGUCCCAGCUUAGAAUGUCCUAGAGAAGACUGGGUGCUGGAGGCUGGACAAUGCUGCUUCAAGUGCCAGGAGCCACCACAAAGCACAGGUUGUCCUUUUGAUGACAAUGGACUUGAGAUUCCUAUUGGGCAGAUUUGGUCUCCUGGAGAUCCUUGUUCCAUCUGCAUUUGCCAGGCAGAUGGCUCCAUUGUGUGCAAAAAGACGGAUUGUGUGGAAACGUGUCCUCACCCUAUCAUGGUGCCGGGACAGUGCUGCCCUGACUGUUCAGCAGGUUGUUCUUAUGGAAGAAAGACAUAUAAAAAUAAUGAAAGCUUCCCUUCAAAUUCAGAUCCCUGCCUCACUUGUAUUUGUUUGAUGGGUACUGUUGCUUGUUCUCCUAUUGAAUGUGCCCUUAACUGCACUUACCCUUUCCAUGAUGAAGGAGAAUGCUGCCCUGUUUGUCGAGACUGCACAUAUGAUGGAAGGAAAGUGUUAAACCGACAAACUUUUUCACUAGAAAGUGAACCCUGUACCCAGUGCACCUGCCAGGAUGGCGAGGUACAAUGUGAGGCCAUUUCCUGUUCCGUCUCCUGCUCCCAUCCAUAUACAUUUCCUGGAGAAUGUUGUGCAACCUGUGAAGAGUGCGCCUUUGAAGAACAUGUUCUGGAGAAUGGAGGUUCUUACACACUGAAGUCUGAUCCAUGUGUAGUAUGUCAUUGUUUUGCUGGAAAUGUUCAUUGUGAAGAGAGAGAAGGUUCUUGUACCCCGUGUGAGCAGAAUACUCAGGAUUGCCUGAAUGAAGUCCCAGGCUCUUUUCACAUUAAACAAUUACACCAUUCUCAACAUGAUACAAUCAUACAAAAAGAAAAUGUUCCCAUUAAGCUUUUGAGCAUUACUGAUCAACCCCUUCCUAUUCGACUUUCCUUAAACUUAAAAUUGCUCUCAGUGAGAAACCCUAUGACGGUAAUUACCUCUUCGGAUCAUCCCAGUUUUGUUUCUCAAACAGAGGUCCCGAGACCUCACUCAUUUUACAAUGCAAAAGUGACUGACAUUGAUAAAGCUUCUCAAAACCUUGAAUCAGCAUCUGCUUUACAAUCUGAACUAAAAACAGAGGUUGGGCCAGGUAUAGAAGUUGUUUCAGUAUCACAUAGUGAUACCAUGAAGACUGGUUAUGUUUCUACCUCAGCUGUAGUUCCUACUCAGCCCGUUGCUUUCUCAGGUACUUCCUUUAAACCUUCACCAUCAACAAGUCACUCUACCUCAAAUAUCCAUGAACAAGUUGUCUCUUACUCUGAUCUAUCUCCUAAUGGCUUGUCUCAAGAAUCCUCUGGGUCAUCUUUCUUACUACCACCUUCCCCUAGUUCCUUUCAACAAAUGGUACAGGUUUCGAAACCUACUCCUACACUUGCCACAUUCUCAAGAGCUUUGGUCAGAGAAGAAAAAAUCCAUGGAUCUUCACAUACUCUUGGUAGGCCAUCAUCUUUGGUGGAUAACACUGAAAUGACUUCAGUUACAUCAAAACCUCCAUAUGCCUUUCCAUCAAGUCCUUCUGGUCAUCAACAUUGGACAAAUAACACAAAGCUUAUGCUCACAGAUUCAGAAGAAACCAAAAUACCAUUUUAUGAAGCAGAACAACCUAGAGAUUGCUCUCUAAAUGGUCGCAUGUUUACCAAUGGCUCUAUCUACAUUGUUGACUUGGACUACUGCCUGCACUGUGAAUGUCUGAAAGAGGAAAUCUAUUGUAAUACACCCACCUCUUUGUCCAAUGGCCUGUGCUGUCAGGGCUGUGAUAGCUUCCCUGUGGAUUCCUGCUCUAAAGAAACAAACCAGAUUCAAAAAGAACAAGGGGAAGGGUUUGAGUUCUGCAGAUGUCAAGGAGUAGCCCUUCAGUGCCGUUCCUGUUCCUCCAGACAUGGAUGUAGCAGGGAAGGCACCUCACAAAGUUCAGAGUCAGAUCAAAACCCUACAGAUCAGUUGAACAAGAUGAACUGGGUUCCUUUAGUUACAGACAUUGAGCCUAAGAUCAUGGAUGAGAAAUUGAGGCCAUAAGGACAUCAUCAUGUUUUAGAGAUGAUAACUGUUAUUAUCUUCUGAUGUCAGUUCCGGGAAGGUUGUUGGUCAUUCUAAAGAAUUUAGAAAUAUCUACAUUGCCAAGUGUCCAUUACAAAGUACGGCCAACAGUUCCUAAGACAUGUCUUAAUAACAGCUGACAUCUACAUGAGUACCACUGGAAAUAGAGUUCAAUGUUUUACUUGCGGCAAAAACUUGAUAUUUAAAUGUUGCUUGGAUGUCCUGGAUGACAAAAAUACACAGGGUAUUACUACUGCAUGAUGAGAAAAAAGCUACAGGCUUUCCACUGACCAAACUAGGUCCAAACUACUCUUGGAUAAUGGUGCAGAUUAUAAGAAGGGAAAAGAAACAACUGCCCAAGAACCUCCACCUCUUUCCCUUCAGCCCUUUUUAGACAAGAUAUAGAAUAUUUAAAAUGUCCGCCCUCGAACAAAAUCACUUUUGUGUGGUCAGAAGAGGUGGUAUAGAUGAGACAUCACCAGAUACCCAAAGGGCAGAGAAAGGGAAUACAUGACACUGGUGGAAGGUAAAUCAAGAAGUUAUCAGGUGGUUAUGUUGAAAAGGUGUUUAGUUUUUUGUAUAUUUUGCUCCAAUCUAAACCUUUAACCCUUUUUAAAAACCAGAGAUACCUUUUAAAUAAGCCUAAUUUGAGAAGAGGGCCAUCCAGUUUUUCUGCACAAGGGCUUAUGCCAACCUUGAUCUGGUUUCAGGGUGAAGACGAGACUUCCAUUAGGGUCAACAUGUAAUAUCCAUGGGGGUGUCAUUAGCCUUCCCCUAAACAGAUGGUUGGCCUACCUAUUGUCCUACCUGUCCUACCUUGACCAUAAUAUAUCAGGAUACAUUUUGUUCAGCAUAUUUAUAGAUAAAUGGCCAGUAUUUUCUGUAUCUUCGACCACGUGUCGGUUUAGUAACUUACUCAACCACCUCCCCAUAUUCCACUAUUGUUUAAAAGACUGAACUGUCUUGACAUUUGAAGCCACCUGUAGUAAGCAUAGAGCAGUUAUAGUAAAGAUAAGAAAGUAUUUCUGCUGUAUGGAAAAUAUGUAUUUGUAAAGUAUACACAUAACCUAUAUGUGGUGUGAAUUAAAUGUUUGUAAAAUAAAAUUAGUAUUUUAUAAGACAAUAAAACUAUUAA